CAGCAGACAGGGUUUGGGUGUUGGUGUCUGGGCAUGUGAGAGAGUGUGUGUGUUUCAGCUAGUGAGUGUGACAGCUGUUGGGAGGUGCUUUUAGAGGGUUGUGUUGGGGUGAAGUGCGUGCAAGGGGCCAAGAUGUCUGGUGAAGAGGGCAGCUCUGACCGAGGCUUCAGCAGCACGAUGGACAGACUGGAGCGGAGGCUUGACAACAUCAGCUGUCGUUUCAAGGAGAUGGACGAGGCGGGGAGUCUCCUGCUGGAGCGACUGCAGCGCCACAGACAGGCCCAGCAGGACCAGAGACAGGCCCAGCAGGACCAUGCGUGGGCAGCACUCAUACGGGACAGCCUGUCUCCAGAUGAGGUACGCCUUCUCUUCAGCUACGUGUCCGACACACUGCUCCGCUGCCACAGCCGAGUCCAGGAGCGGGUACCAGACUUGGCCCCCGGCCUGCCCACCACGGCCGCCAUCCUGCGCCGAAGACUGAAGAACCGGCGUGUGGAUGUUGCCUGGCGAGCCACCCUAGGCGAACUGGGCCUGGUGGAGGCAGAUGCCAAAGCACUCUGUGGCUUCUUUGUGACACAGGGGUUUCAGUGUGAGUACGAGAGGGUGGGGAGGACUCCAGGCCAGCAGGGGGCGGUGGAGUCCAUGAUUAGGAGGUGUGUGGAGAACCAAGUGCUGAGAGACAGCUUGCUGAGGGCUGUGCAGGUGGUGGAGAAAGGCCAAGCAGGGGUGAUCAAGACAGCAGGAUCUGGAAAGCAGACGCCAUCUAUUUUAGAGCUGAUCAAACAGGCAGAAGGAAGACCGUAGUAACUGAUGCAUUUUGAAAUGAUUGUGGAGAACCGUGCUUAAACAUGAAGUAAACUGUGGUAGAUGUGCGUGUAAUAUAAAAUAUCAGUCAAAUAAAAUCAACACGUUACGUUUAAAA